UUAACGUAGCGAAGGAUUUUGUUUCUACCUGUUAGUCACGAUAUUUCCAUUGCGUUUUUGAGCUAGCUAAAGGUACUGUAAAUAUUAGGUUCUAACACUAUUAAUUAGUUAGUAGAGUACAGGUAAACCAUAUUUGUUAAAGCUGACGGGAACAUUUGAUGGAGUUCUUUUGCGAAAAUGAAGUGAAUCUGUUUUAACGCAGAUAAACUGCAGGUCACUGAAGACUGAUUUGUAGGUACUUUGAUCCUGGUUGCCGUGUGAAGGCUGGUCCGACUAUCAGAUCCCCCUGCGAUCAAAAGGUCUCGGAGAUGGAUGAACCAGAAACCAUCGAUUUUGUAGCAUUGGAGCGAGAGUUGCAGGCUGUGCUGGCAGCUGAUGAAAAGUACAGGAGAGAAAAUGAUGCUAAGUUUCGUGCAAUUCAUCAGAAGGUGGCAUCCUAUGAAGAGUUUAGAGAUAUUGUGCUGGCAUCACAUCUGAAGCCUCUGGAACGAAAGGAUAAACUGGGUGGAAAAAAACACCAGCCUUGGAAUUCAUUUGCCUUGCCAGCAAAACAACAGGACAACAGUGACUCAGAAAUUUUGGAGGGAUCGGCCUAUUUGCCCCAAACUGCAGCUGACUUUUACAGAGAAUGGCGAAGGAAAGCUGAAAGUGGGGUAGAAAAAUACAGUCUUUUAUUAAAGAUUGGAGGAGAACAGCUUGGCAAGAUAUUUAGUGCGGAAAUUGGAUUUGGACUCCUUGGUGAAUUCCUUAUGGUACUGUCUGAGAAUUUCUGUUCUGAUGACCAGGAAGAGGUUCUGAAAAUUUUGAACAGCUUUACUAGUACAGGGCGGUUUGGGCUGAACGUGGAUUUCUUAAGUACAUCAGAGAAGCAGAGUUGUGCAAAGUUGUUUCAGAGACUACAGAGCAUGAGUUGCAAUUCCAACACCAGCAAUAGUGAUGCCUGCGUUCACACAUCCAGCUGUGCAUCUGCUGAUAGUCUACAAAGUGACAAAGCUGAAGAGCAAAGCACAGAUGAUUUUAUCUGUGGGAAUGAAGUUAGAGACUUUAGGCUGCAGGAGUUAAUGCAUCUCUACAUGGUCAUGUAGAAACUAAAACAGUGUGAAUAAAGGAGGUGUGACUAUGAGAUCAUAUUCUUUGCUGUCUUUGGACCAACAUAAAUUGAUGUUACAGUUCACGUAAUACUAUCAAUGUCAGUACUGCCUAUAUCUGUAAUAGUUUUUGUUUAGUUCAGAUUACAUCCAUUGGAUUGGAUCCAAUUUUUAUGGAACCGGUAGCACUGCUGCUUGAAGGAGAAGAUUGGUGAGUCAUAAGGGAAAGCUACAUUCCAUCUAGGACUGUUGAGAGUCCUACUGAAAAGCACUGACAGACUUUAUUUUGCAGUAAAAUGUAAACCAUUACUAUAAACAUAACUGUCAGCUACAGUGUCUGGCUUUAAUUCUUAGGAAGGACAGGAUAAGGAGGAGACAGACAUGCUUGUGAAAGAUGGGAGGAGUCUGAUUUGUAGGAUACAAGUUGUAUUAUAAUUCUUAUGUUCUCUGUCAGCAAUUUUCAUGAUCAUAGCUCAGUGAGCAUUCUGAAAAUUAGAUUUCAUUAUGUUUCUAAACUACACAAAAAUAAAUAGUUGUCAUUUGACCCUGAACUCCAUUAAAAUAUAGUUGAUCUUUGUGAAAUUAUGUUCAUUCUUGAGAAUUACCGCACAUUUGUCUGUUUGAAAUAAACAAAGCAU